AACUCAGUCAACUGUGAGGCAGACUUUCUGCAGGUGGAAGACCAGCGCUUUUGCUCCGACACUCUUAAGCUCACCAAACGUACCAUUCCUUUCGAUGGCAAAGACAAAGGCGUUGUCCUUAUGUUUAAAACGGAUGAGUCCAAGACUAAGAGAGGAUUUCUAAUUAAAUACAAACAACUCGAGUGCACUAAUGAUGUCGUUCAGGAGAAGGCGUCGUUACCGGAGUCGGCGGUACUGCCAAUGCCUCACAGCAAAUGUGAUUAUGUCUACAGCGAUAAAGAGUUUAUGAUUCAAAGCGAGAACUAUAGCCGCAGUUAUGCCAAUAACUUGGACUGUAGUUAUUAUGUCAGGAAAAACACGACUAAAGUCUGUUAUCUUGAACUGACUUUUAUCAAGUUUGAUGUCGAGGCGUCGCCUGAAUGUCAAUAUGAUUAUCUCGAAGUGGGAAACACUGUCCGUCUUGUAUUUGAUGUCGAGGCGUCGCCUGAAUGUCAAUAUGAUUAUCUCGAAGUGGGAAACACUGUCCGUCUGUGCGGUACUCUUCAGACCGAAACGGUUCGCACAUAUAUUUUCGACACCAAUGAGAAGAUCUUACGGUUCCGUUCGGACGCCUCUAAUAACAGGAAUGGGUUUCUAAUAAAAGCGGAACAAUUGGAAUGUAUGGGCGAUAAGAUCAUCCGUACGACAGAACAGCCGCACCAGUACUCAGUGACCACACCGUCGGCCUCAGCGGUCGCGCCCACGCAUUACAGCGUCGGUGACUCCAGUUUCUGCAGUCAAGUGAUGGAAACGCGAGAAUUCAAUAUAUUUAGCCCAAACUAUCCGAACCCCUAUCCGGCCGAUCAGGACUGUCUGUUUAUGAUCCGCAAACUCACGCCAAACGUAUGCAAACUGGAGGUCACUUUCGACGACUUCGAGAUACAACCGAGUGAUCCGAACGCGUACUGCAAAUACGAUUUCGUCGACUUCAAUGGUGUCCGCGUUUGCGGUGAUGUCAUGAGAGGUGACAUCAGAACCUAUUACUUCUCGUCCGAAACAUUUCCCAUACAUUUUCAUUCCGACAAUUCUGUGACGAGUUCUGACCGCGCGUUUCGGCUUAACGUCAGGCAAACUGAAUGCGAGCCACAAAACAAUCAAAUCAUACCAUCGGAAGCGAUGCGACCUCAGGAUCACUAUCAGAAAGCGUACGAUUGUAAUCGUGUUUACUCUGAAGUGGGCUUUGAGCUCAAGAGUCCAAACUAUCCGCAAAGUUAUCCAAAUAACAUGAACUGUAAGUACACUAUAUUGAAACAGAGAACUGGUCUGAAGAUAUGUCAGCUCGAGGUCAACUUUGUGGACAUGGAUUUGGAAAAGUCCAACGAUUGCAGCAAUGAUUAUCUUAAUUUUAACGGACAACUCAUGUGCGGAACGCUGUCCUCCGAAACCACGAGAUAUUAUUUGUUUGAAAGCAAUCAAUUUGUCAUCAAUUUUGUGUCAGAUUCUCAGAGAAGUCAAAGGGGUUUCUAUUUGAGAAUCCGUCAGAAAGAGUGUCCGCCGCCCGAAGACACAACAUAUCCAGUGGUCCGACAGCCCUAUAGUGGAAACGAAGUCACUCAAUGCGGAGGAAUAUAUACAGACAUCACAUUUGAUCUGAAGAGUCCUCAAUAUCCCGAAUACUAUGAAAAUAAUGUCGAAUGCUUUUAUAGGAUUCGCCGAAAACAUGAUAACAUAUGCAAACUUGAGAUUAGAUUCGUUGACUUCGAUGUGGAACCCAGUCCUGGAUGUGGUUAUGAUUAUCUGAUCAUUGAUGGCAAGAAGAUGUGCGGAGAUAUGAAACCAAAUCUGAUUAAAUCCAUAGACUUUAUGGAAAACGAGAAGAUAUUAAUGUUUAGGACGGGAACCACGAGUAAGAGACGAGGAUUUUAUGCCAAAAUAUACCAAAAGGAGUGCGAAGUAUACGUGCCCUCAACCGACACGAGUUUGGUUUUACCGCCCAUACCAUCGAUAUGUGAAUUGUGUUUCACAGAAGUGAUGGGAACCAUUCAGUCCUACGACUAUCCCAACAAUUAUCCGCCAAAUCUGAGCUGUAAAUACAAGAUCACAGCACUUCCCGGCAAUUGUAUGGUUCAACUUAACUUUGAACAGUUCCGGAUGGAGUACUCCGAGAGCUGUGACAACGACUAUCUGGAGAUCAAUAAUAUUAGAUAUUGUGGGAACCAAUUGGAAGGCGCCACUCUUUUGGCAUUCAAUAAGAAACCGGAAGACGUUUCCAUUAAAUUUGUAACAAAUGGCCACAAAAGUUACCGCGGAUUUCGUGCCUCAUAUACUCAGCUCCCGUGCAUCGGUGGCGUGCCAUCGGGUCAGCAGCAGAUCACUCUUCAGCAACAGGAACAGUAUUAUCAGCACAAAUAUCAGAGCAAAACACUGCCCUCACAACAGCCCACUCAACAGCAAACUCAACGCUACCCACAAUCACAGCCACAACAGCACCAGACAAAUGGUUACGACUCGAAGACCCAAAGCCAAUAUAGUUCCCAAUCACAGCCACCAUUUCAAAGCUCUUCCAGAAGCCCUCCGUUCAUGGGAUCCAACGGUGUCUCAAACUAUGGUUCGGUUCCGAUUGCAAUCAUUGAUAGUACCAACUCAUCGUUAGUUCGCGUUCCGUGCGAUCGUGUCAUAUAUGAUAUGGUGUUUGAGAUGCGAAGUCCUAAUUAUCCCAAUUAUUAUCCGCCGAAUACUGAUUGUCUUUAUUCCAUCCGAAGAGUCAAUUCUAAUGCUAAGGGAGACUAUAAGGAAUGUGUCGGCGAUUCCCUUGAAAUCAAUGGAAACAAAAUGUGCGGAAGUCUUCCCAAUAAUACCGUCGAGGAGUUUUCGUUCUCUUCGUAUAAAUCUUCGCUCAGAUUUCGAUCCGAUUCUGAUAUAAGUUCUAAAGGCUUCCUAAUAAUGGGCGAACAGAUCGAGUGCUACGGCAAUAAAGCGAUGGAUGAGUCGUCUAAUAAACAGUUAUAUUAUGGACAGUCAUCUGUUCAAUACGCCACUGAAAAUACUCUGUCUUCUUCUCCGGCCCAUACAUUAUCUCAACCACAGCCUCAGCCCUCCUAUUCAUACCCUUCAGCUGUCGAUUCAAAGACACAGCACUCAUACUCCAGCUCUUCAUACAGCCCUCCG